GUCCAUUAGAUUUAUAUGAAAUUGCAAAUGCUUCUAAAAUGCAUCACUAAGGUUAAUAUUGGAGCCUUUCUUGGGAGUGGGAAAAUGGCAAACUAAAAAGCAGCAACAUCUCGUACCCCUUCAAAUCCCGAACACAGUAAUACAUAUCUAUUCUAUCGUAAUCGAACAGAACACUUCUGCUUACUAAUGUAAACAAAGAUCACUCAAUCAUGGCUACUUUAUAUCUAGGUCUACGCAUUAAGUCGAAAAGUUCAGAGACGGUCACCCUGAAUAAUGUGGACCUGAGAGAUACAGUGGAUAGUAUAAGAAGUGAGGCUGCCAUGAAAAGUAAAACUGUAGCCGAUAACAUAGUAUUGGUUCACUGUGGUGUGAUUCUCAAAGGUUCUGAAAGUUUAGAAGCAGCUGGUAUUACAUCUGGUGCAAUGAUCCAUUGUCUUCCUAAAAAAGAGGACUCAGUGCCAGUGGCUGUUCCCUUGAGUCUUCCAGAAGUACAGACACUCCUUGUUUCUUUGAGAAAUGUAGCAGCUAGCUCAAAUUUUCAUUCUUUGAUUCAGAAAUUACGUGGGCCAGAGAUGGUAGAAAAGGUUCUUUCUUCUUGCCCAAUUGCUCAGUACUAUCCAACAGCCCUUGCAAUGCUACAAGACACAGAGCUUUUUAUGGGUUUAACUAAUCCCGAUAAUCUGAGUAGAGUUGUUGAGGAUAAUCCAGCUGUUGGCAGAGUUGCUCAGCAUGUUGCAAAUCUGCUAGCAAGUGAGAUUACGACUUCUCCACGUAGAUCGCAUCAUGUCUCCUAUUCACUAGAUGCCUUCUCAGACGACGAAGAAAUGGAAGCAGAACAGGUACAUCUUUUUUUGUGUUUAUAGAUAUGUAUAGAUUAU